GUUGUUGGCAAAGCUGCCCCAAACGCUGUGUGCGCGGCGCCGCUGGCCGCACGGAUCGUCGCACGCGUUCAAGGACAUAUUCUUGUGCUUGCGCAGCCGCGGACGCGCCCGCGCGGAAAGCCACAAGCGUGUGAAGCAGCAGCAAUUCAGACCAGAGCAGAUACCAGAGCAACACUAACAAUGCGGACUCGGAGUAUGCGCAAAAAGAGGCUGCUCGACGAGCUGCCGCCGGAGCUGCUCAGCCUCGUUUUGUCACAGAUGCUGCCGCAGGACAUGAUGGUCCAGAAAUGCUCGCGGCGCUGGCGCGACAAGGACCUCGACGUAUUGUACUGGAAGCCGUUGUUCCUGAACACGUUCGGCGAAGCGGCUCAGACAGCUGCUCAGACGACGAAGUGGCGGGAUCGAUACGAGCGGGCGUGGCGGUUGCGAGUGGACGUGUCGCGCGAACCGGGCACAGGCGCACUGGGCCUCCACCUCGGGCGGUUUCUCUCGAGCUACGACCACCGCGUGAGACCGACAAACAUUUUUCACGCAACCGAUGGCCAAGGCGUGCUGUCCGUGCCUGAUAUCCGGGGGAAGGAGCUAGAGCUCCGCUACUACAUCCACGACGAGGGUAUACCUGUCGGUGCAUUUGAGGUGGACGUGGACGUAUGGGUACAUCCCGACGACUACGUGGACGACGACGUGGACGACGACGCCGAAGAUCCAGUCUCUGAGGAGUACAGAUGGAUCGAAGCGGGCAUUCUGAAGGGUCUAGUAGUGUACAACCCCUUGGGAACCCUCUACGAUCCGGAGCGCCCCGCGGUGGGCCGCCGCGGCAUACGGGUCGGGUCCCCGCUGCGGCACUUGCUGGAAGCCUAUGGGGUCGAUCUCGAGGACGUUGAGGCUUACGGGGACUCGAGGUGCGGAUCCCUUAUGGGGCUCCGCGGCGUCAACAUCCAGUUCGGACUCGCAGACAAUGACGAUUACACGCUCUGGGACCAGUGGGAGGAGCUCCUAGACGGGGCCGUGACCAUAUUUCGCCAUGGAGAACCGGAUCAACAACGCGAAGUCCCGCGGGAGACCCUUCUCAACUGGCCCCUGCAGUCGCUCCAGGUCUGGAGCGAUGACGCCUUCUAGGAUGCUCUAAGGGUGCCUGUAACCCGAGCCGGACACCGGGAGUGCGCCUGGUAAGAACUUCCUAGGUAGUAGUAGUAUCUCAA